AUGGAUAACAUCAACUUUGAAUUCUCAAACGCUUCAAACCGGCUACAGUCGCAGCCGCAACCGUCUCAACCGUUUAAUCUACAAGACGUGAAUAUGAUCCAUUACAAUCAAUCAUCAUCUCCAUGGACUACAGAAACAUUCUCGGGUUUUAGUCCGUACGAUUGCACAGCCAACCAAUCAUUUUCCGUACAAUGUUCAUCAUCAAAACCCUAUCCUUCCUCGUUACAUCCGUACCAUCAUCAAUCUUCGGAAUGUCAAUCAUUAAACCAAUCCGAAUCGAUGGUUCCUAUGCAGCAACCUCUUCUUCCGGAUCAAUAUUUAAAGCCGUUAUAUCAAAGAUCAUGUGCAAAUGAUUUCGCAGCGACAAAUGCUUCAUCAGCCUCAUACUCUCUUUCUUUUGAAGCAAGUCAAGAUCCACAAGAACUAUGUAGGAGGACAUAUAGUAAUUCUAAUGUAACACAUCUGAAUUUCUCAUCAUCACAUAAUCAACCUAAACAAAAUCGUCCAAGAUUUUCUUCUCCUCCUCCAUUCUCAAACCAUGGAGGAUUGGUGACUCCUAACUGUGGGACGGUAAUCGGGAACAAGACACGGAUAAGAUGGACUCAAGAUCUUCAUGAGAAGUUCGUGGAGUGCGUAAAUCGCCUUGGUGGUGCUGAUAAGGCAACGCCUAAGGCGAUAUUGAAGCUAAUGGAUUCUGAAGGACUCACAAUUUUUCAUGUUAAAAGCCAUUUACAGAAAUAUAGGAUUGCAAAAUACAUCCCUGAGUCUCAAGAAGGCAAGUUUGAGAAGAGAGCUUGUGCUAAAGAGCUGUCUCAGCUUGACACAAAAACUGGAGUGCAAAUUAAAGAGGCACUCCAGCUUCAACUAGAUGUUCAGAGGCAUCUUCAUGAACAACUAGAGAUUCAACGAAAUCUACAACUGCGAAUCGAAGAACAAGGGCAACAAUUGAAAAUAAUGAUGGAACAACAACAAAAAACAAAAGAGAGUCUUCUGAAGUCACCAAACGCCGAAGCAUCAUUGCCUCUAACCGCUUCCGAUCACUCUCCUCCGCCUUUUUCGAUAGAAGACGCGGAAGCCCUGAGGCUAACAAGUUAUGGAGACACUCAAUUCCAAUCAAGAUAA